AUGUCCGUGUCUUUGUGCGUUCUCCGUAUUGAAAUCGACGAAGAUCUUCCCGAAAUGGGCGAUAAUCCUGCUGAAAUGGAAGCUGCUAAAGAACAGAAGAAGAAGGACCGAGGAGCUCGCGAGUCCAAGACUAUUACUGUAGAGACAUAUGCUAGUGUCCUGACAGGACCAAACACGGACACAGGGAUCCUGCCCACUAGCUCCAGACGCUCCCCUCCUGAAAACAGCAUGUCUGAAGAAGAAGACACUAUUAGUUUCUUCUGUGGAAACCCUCUUGUUGAAGUCACAAAGGGAGUCCUACAUCUGUAUAAAGAAAAUGAAAUGAAAGAAGCAGAAGAGGCAAAGACCCUGUGUUUACUGUCUGUGCCUGGGGCUCUGGGAGCUCCCGACCUCCUGGCCUUUGCAGCAGCCUGCCAGCAGGACAUUGCUCACGUCAGGGUGCUGAGGGAUGGGUCACCUGAUCAUUACAUGGCUUUGUUUACAUUCCGAACAAGUGACGCGGCCCGUGAGUUCCACGAGACAUUCGAUGGGGUGCCGUACAGUAGCUUGGAGCCCAACGCCCUGUGUCACAUGGCGUGGGUGUCGCGCGUGGAGUGGGCCCGGGACGGCACUCCGCCCCCCUCUCACACCGAGCUGCCUACAUGUCCCGUGUGCCUGGAGCGCAUGGACGAGAGUGUGGCGGGCGUGCUGAGCGUGCAGUGCGCGCACGCGUUCCACGCGGAGUGCCUGGUGCGGUGGCGCGACGCGCGCUGCCCGGUGUGUCGGUGCGCACAGACGCCGGAGCCGCGCGGGCAGGCUGUCUGCUUCCAGUGCGAGCGUGCUGCUCUCGCAGAAGAAGAUGGUGAUGAGACGCGCGAAAACAUUAGCGGCGUGGCUGAGGGAUUGUUGGACGGCGUGGAAGCUGGCACGCUGUGGAUCUGUCUCAUCUGCGGGAAUGUUGGAUGUGGCAGGUAUGAAGGUGGACAUGCAGCUAAACAUUUCUUAGCCUCAAACCACACAUAUGCACUGCAGUUGGGAUCUAAUCGAGUGUGGGAUUAUGCAGGUGAUAACUUCGUUCACCGCUUAGUGCAAAACAAAGCUGAUGGUAAGCUGGUGGCCGCGGAGGGGGGAUUCACUUCGGAAGACUCAGCCUGUGGGGGGGAGAAACUGGACUCUGCACAGCUGGAGUUCACGUACAUACUGACGCAGCAGCUCGACAGCCAGCGCAUGUUCUACGAGGAGAAGAUGAACAAGUUAGAAGCAGAACACAUAUCGGAGUGUGAAAAGCUUCGGUUCAGGGCUACUGAGGCGGAGGCCUCGUCCUCCAAGCUCAGCGAGCAGGUCGCCACGCUGACCAAAGAGAACAAGAACUUGGAGAGAAAGCUGCAGCAAGUUACCAACAAGCUAGCACUAUUCCAGAACGAGUUGUCAGAGGAACGAGGCCUGGCUGCCGCCCUCGCUAACAGCCAGGCGGAGUGGCAGGCCAGGGCUAAGGUGAAGGAAGAGAACUUUGUUAAAGAGGUGUCCGAACUAAAAGAACAGCUGCGAGACGUGAUGUUCUUCGUAGAAGCUCGAGGACAGCUGCAACAAGCUGGAGCAUCCCACGCCGAGCUGGCCGACGCACAGGUCAGCGUGGCCCCGCCGCCCAAACCGCGCCGGCGGCGGCGGUAA